AUGAAGGAUCUUUCUAACUGCACCGUGUGCCUCGCAGUUUGUCUGACGAAGGAAAUGAUGGAAAACAUUGUUACAUACGUGACCCAGCAUGGUGGCUUUAAAAAUAUGGUAUUGUCUCUCGAAGACCCUAUUAAGGAUUUCAAACUCGUGAAGGCAUCAAAUGAACCUAUUGUUCUCGUUGUUGCUGGCGCCAUUGGUCACACAGCAAUUGAGUACCUCACCGAUGACUACGAUUUGCCAAAGGAGCAGCGCCGCGUUCGCUGGAUCCACAGUCUCUCUUCAGGAAUUGAUGCAUACAGGUUGCAUGAGCUCACAAAGGAGCUGAGGGACAUCCCCUUCACAAACGCCCGUGGUUGCUACUCGCCCAUCCUGGCAGAGCACGUAAUCUACUCCAUGCUGUACUUCAACCGCAAGACAUGGCGUCUGCUGGCGAGCCGCGCCGAGCACAAGUGGGACCCCUUUAACAUGAUUGAGCUGCGCGGACAGAAGAUGGGUAUUUUGGGCUAUGGUGACAUUGGCCAGGCCACAGCGAAGCUUGCAGUCGCAAUGGGUAUGGAGGUUACAGGUGUGAAGCGCUCGGCCCCAACUGCCAAUGUGGAUGAACUCGGUGUACACGUGGUGCACGGUGAUGCAGAGCGUGACCGCGUAAUUCGUGAAUCCGAUUUCGUGGUUAGCAUCCUGCCAGGGACGGAGGAGACAAAGGAGUUCUUCAACAAGGAACGCUUUGCCAUGAUGAAGCCAAGCGCAAUCUUCAUCAACAUUGGCCGUGGCAUCACACAGAACGAGGUUGACCUUGCGAUGGCACUGCGGAAUGGUGUUAUUGCCGGUGCUGCUGUCGAUGUCUUCGCAGUGGAGCCACUGCCCGCCGACUCUCCAAUCUGGGAGAUUGGCGACGAUAAGUUGCUGCUGUCCGCUCACUCGGCAGACAGGACUGUUGAUCUGGUUCCCUCGUCGGUUCGACGCUUCAUUGGACUUGUGGAGAAGUACGUGAAGACAGGGAAGCUGGAUACGUACCUUGUGGAGUUGGGUCGUGGUUACUGA